AGGCUGUGGCGGCCAUGCCCGCACGGCGCGGCCAGCCGGCCCGCCGCCCCCGCCCCCGCCGGGGCUCGUCCCGGGGGGGCCGGGCCGAGGCGGCCUGGAGGGACUUCGCCGCCUCCUUCGCCCGCGCCGGCAUGGUGCCACCGGCCGAGGCGAGUCUGGUGGCCGUGGAGACGGCGGAAGGCGCCGCUGUCCUCAUUCUGGCACCGCGGCAGACGCUGACAUUCACCGGGAAAUGCCGCCUGCGCUGCCUCUACGGUUCCGUCCGCCUGCUGGGCUUCGCCGUCGCCUCGCACCAGCCGGGGCUGCCGGUGUAUUCCCCGUCCACCCACUGCGCGCUCACCCUGGAAGCGCUGCCCGCCGACCGCCCGACCGCCGUCGACCUCCGGCAGCUCCGCGCCGCCGCCCGCGCCGCCCUGAGGGCCCACAGCGUCCGUCGCCAGGCGCGGGUGAAGGCGAUGGCACAGUUCUCCCCGGAGUGCGCUGUGGUGCUGCUGGAGCACCUGGACACGCUGGUGACACGGUUCCUGCUGAGCCAUCCCCCGCUGUCACGGCUCUUUGAGCCCCAGAAAAAAGAAGAACCCAACUUCACGCCAGAAGAUGCUGUUCUGGCCUCUGUUGGCAUUGUGAAGUGUAGCCCUGACCAUGGGCUGCUGGUGUCAGAGAGCAUGGCCCUGGCCUUGGAAGAGUUGAUCCAGGCGUGCUGUGCGGAAGAUGAAGGUGUCCCAGUGGUUCUGGUGUGUGGCCCAAAAAACACAGGGAAGUCAACAUUUAAUAGAUACCUAAUUAAUCUGCUACUGAAUCGCCUUCCCUCAGUUGAAUAUAUGGAAUGUGACAUAGGUCAAACUGAAUUUACACCGCCUGGAUGUGUGUCUUUAAGUGAUGUCACAGAGCCAAUUCUUGGCCCACCCUUCACUCAUCAACAGACACCACGUAAGAUGGUGUAUUAUGGACAGACCAGUUGUGAGCAGGACACAGAAAGAUACCUUGAUGUUGUGAAGUAUGUGUUCAGCUCCUACAAGAAGGAAGUGCCUUUAGUCAUCAACACCAUGGGCUGGGUGAAAGGUGAGGGGUUGCUGCUUCUGAUUGAUAUCAUUCGGCUGUUGUCACCCAGUCACAUUGUUCAGAUGGAUGUGUAUGACUGGAAGGCCAUGGCUCCACUCACCCCAGAGCACGUCCAUCAGACUCCUGGGCUGUACACCAAGGGCAAGCAGCAAGCCAAGCGCAAACGGAUGGGCCUGAGUGGAGCAGAGAACUGGAAGUCCACUGAAGGAGAUGGAGAUACAUCAGCUCCUGAGUAUAAACUGCUUUAUGUCCAUCCAGAAUUCCCCCGAGCAGGGGUUGCAGGUGAAGCGCGAGUACAUAGUGGCAUCCUGCGUGACAUGGCCAUACUGGGCUACCUGGGCCAGCUGCAGUCCCCAGACAUUGGGGCAGUGCUUCCACUGCACAGUCUUGUGCCAUAUCAGGUACCUUUCAAUGCUGUUGCACUCAGGGUUAUUCACACUGAUGUUGCUCCUACCAACAUCAUGUAUGCAGUGAAUGCCAGCUGGGUUGGGCUCUGCAGGAUACCAGAUGAAAUCAGAUGCCAAACGGAUGGGCCAGUCCUGCUGACACAGACACCAGUCUGUGAUUGCCUUGGCUUCGGAAUUGUCCGAGGGGUUGACAUAGAGAAGAAACUUUACCACAUUCUGACGCCGGUGCCUCCAGAGAACCUGAGACAAGUGAAUUGUCUGCUCCUUGGGAAUAUUGCUAUCCCAAACUGUGUUCUUGUGGGCCAGCAAGGAAUUGAGGGAGAGAUCCCCUAUGUCACAUCUGAUUAUAACUACAGCAUUUUGGGGUCUGGGAAGCUUAAAAAGAAAAAGCAUUUCAUGAGGCGGGAGUAUGCGUUUGAGUGUGAUUAUGCCUGAAGCCUCGGAGACCUUGGACCAUGGAUUCAUUUGGAUGGAGAGCUGGGUGUGGUCACCCAGAAGCUCUGGGUAUCACAGAGGUUUGAGAGACCUGGGAGAGGUGUCUGGUUUAGAUCCUACAGCAUGCCCGUUUUUAAUAAUGUUUUAUAAUUUUUGUUUGUAUUUUGAUGGUUUGUAAUAAAUAUUAAAAAUGUUG